UCUUGGCACAUAAUCUGUAGCUGAUCAUAAACAAGCAAUAUGCAGAUCUGGAUGCCUUAUUUUCAGCCUCUUGUUUUUCUUCUUCUGCUUCCUCUGUCUCUCUAUCUGAGGCGCAAGAAGGGCUCCGGCCAUCAGAAAAACCUGCCUCCCGGGUCGGUGGGUUGGCCGAUUCUUGGAGAAAACGUGGAGCUCUCCCUGUUAGGCUCUCAGAAACUAAUGACAGAAAGGAUGCAGAAACACUCUCCAGAUGCAUUCACAACGUCGUUGUUCGGACAGAAACUGGUGGUGUUAUGCGGCGCAGCGGGCAACAAGUUCAUCUUCACGAACGAGAACAAACUGGUGACCCCCUGGCUGCCCCUAUCACUCAGGAAAGUGCUGUUCCCGGAUUUCGACCAGCUCAGGCACCAGGAACCCAAGGCCACGUUCCACAGCUUCAAGCAGGACAUGCUGAAGCCAGAGGCGUUGAGACACUACAUGCCUGUGAUGGACACACUGGCGCGUCACCAUCUGCGCCAUGCCUGGAAACCUAACUCCGUGGUGAAGGUUCGGCAGUCCACCAAGAAGUACACGUUUGAGCUUGCAUGCAGGCUAUUCAUGGGUGUGGCCGACCCGGAGCGGCUCGAGAAGUUGUUGGAGCCCUUCUCUCUCCUGACUGACGGGAUGGUGUCCCUGCCCCUCAACUUGCCCGGCACGGACUUCAACCGUGCUGUUGGAGCGGCCAGGGUGGUGCGCGCUGAGCUUCUCGGGAUCGUGGAGGAGAGGAGGAAGGAGCUGCUGCUCACCAGACAGGGACGAGAGGACAUCAUGUCGAGGAUGCUGCUGGCGAGUAAUGAAGAUGGGACUUAUAUGAUGAGUGAGAGCAAGGUUGCUAACAUGGUUGUUUGUGUGCUUGUUGCUGCCCUCUAUGAAGUAUCCUCUGCAAUCACCAUUGUCACUAAAUCUCUUGCCGAACUUCCACACAUUUACGACCAGGUUUUUAAAGAGCAAAUGGAGAUUGCGAAAUCAAAAGGCCCUGACGAGCUGCUGACCGAGGGGGAUGUGGAGAAGAUGAAGUACACGUGGAACGUUGUGCUCGAAGCCCUCAGGAUGACACCCCCUUCAUUCGGAACAUUCAGAGAGACUACAACUGACAUCAGCUUUGCAGGUUUCACCAUUCCUAAAGGAUGGAAGAUCAUGUGGAGCCCCCAUUCGUGCCACUAUAAUCCCGACUACUUCCCUGAUCCGGAGAAGUUUGAUCCAUCGCGGUUCGAGGGGAGUGGACCAGCGCCUUACACGUACGUUCCCUUUGGAGGAGGUGCAAGAAUGUGCCCCGGGAGAGGCUAUGCUAAGCUUGUCAUAUUGGUCUUCAUCCACAAUUUGGUGACCACAUUUAGAUUUGAGAAGGUCUUUGCGGACGAGAAGAUGUUGUUCAAUCGUCUUUCUCCGGCACCGGCUCAUGGCCUUCCUAUUCGCCUCCAUCCCCAUCAAAAUUAAUCCAUCAUAUAUAUAUAUCUCUCUUUAAUUACUCUUUGAAAUUCAACAACUUUAUUCUCCACAUGUACCAUGUUUCAUACCGCCAAGUCAUACCAUGGUUGCUAGCUGUUAGAAUAUGUAAGAGUUGAACUUGGAUUUAUCAUCUACCUAUGAAUCUAUGCAUGCAUGAUUAA